GUAUUUAUUCUGCGGUACCUUUUUGUGUAAAGGACAUUUAUUUUGUAAGUAAUGGACCGGAAGUCUCUUCGUACUGGAGGAGCAUAGAUGUGCUGUAUCUCCAGGCCAAACGUCCACCAUGGCUGAGACCCACAGCUUACAGGAUCUCCAGCAGCCAACUGUCUCCUCCAAAGUGUUUGUCCAGAGAGACUACAGCUCAGGAACCAUCUGCAAGUUCCAGACCAAGUUCCCCUCUGAACUGGAGUCAAGGAUCGACAAGCAGCAAUUUGAGGAAACUGUCCAGACUCUAAACAAUCUGUAUGCAGAGGCAGAGAAGCUGGGAGGAAAGUCUUAUUUGGAGGGCUGUCUUGCUUGUUUAACUGCCUAUACAAUCUUCCUCUGUAUGGAGACACACUAUGAAAAGGUGUUAAAGAAGAUUGCCAGGUACAUUAAAGACCAGAAUGAGAAGAUUUAUGCACCCAGGGGUUUGCUUUUGACCGAUCCAAUAGAGAGAGGCUUGAGAGUUGUUGAAAUCACCAUCUUUGAGGACAGAAGUAUUGGCUCUGGAAGAUAAAGUAAUUUGGGGCUUAUGACUCUGGCCAGAUACUCUACAUGUGUGUGGCAGCACAUAAUCAGACAUCUGCUUCACCCGAAUGGAUGUAUAUAAUUUUGAUCUAUAACUUUUCUCUGUUAUUUAUAAAUACUCUACUGUCUGCCUUUCCUUCUAUGUUUGUAAAAGUGUCUUCAUGUCUUUUUAUAAAUGCUGUGCUGUAUAAAUUAUGUCCUAGUUGAUCAAGCCAGUCUUUAUGAAUAGUGCCAUUAUGUUAAAUGCAACUUUCUGACCAUGGUUAAUAUAAGUGAUUGGACUUGUGUAUUGUUAUACAACUACCGGUAAUAAAACAUCAAUCUGUAAUCACCUUGAAAUGUUAGUUAUAUAUGUUGGGUCGAAAUUGCUGGCACUGCCUGUAAAUGGUAAUUAUGAUGGGCAGUGCUCUAAAGUAUUGACAGAGAGGUUGUAGCCUUUGUUGAGGCAAAUGUUUUCUCAUCGGUGAAUGAAUGUGAAUGAUUUUGGGGGUACAUCCUGUGAAAUACCCACAAUGUAAGGUAAGGUCUAGCGUUGACUUGUUUGCAGCCUCAAAAAUGGAGCAUGUUUACUAUUAUCACUAAUGAAUAACAUGACUCUGCACUUGAUCUCACAGAUCUCAUAAAGAUCACUUUCUAUAUUGCGAAUGUCAUUCCCUUAACAUUAUCACAAAACACCACAGAAACCUUAAACACUCUGAACUCCACUGAUGAUUGCGAUAGUGGGCGGUUGAUAAAAAUUGUGUACUUUUCUUACAAGUGUCUUUCUCUGUUUUAUCGAAAUAAAAGCCCUUGUUUCUCUUAA